AUGGGCCUGGAUUUCCCACAUUUGCUAACCUGGGAUUCAAGUUGUUUCCUUCUCAUUGAAGAGGAGGAGGAGAAGAAGACGACGACGAGGAAGAAGAAGAAGAAGAAGAAGAAGAAGAAGGAGGAGGAGGAGGAGGAGGAGGAGGAGGAAGCAGGCCAGGUAUAACAGGUUUUAUUGCGCUAAAUUCCAGGCAGGGGGUGUCUUAUUAGCGUGUUAUAACGUUAACCAUCCUAAGCCCAAUCCUAGUAAUCCCAUCCCGACUGACCAUGGCAAUAACCCCAACCCUAACCCCCACAAUUAUGCGCAACGCCACCUGUAAUAGGGGAGUUCUGUACCCCUGUGAUCUACCUUAGAAGCAUCCACUGUUGUGCAGGCUACAAAGGGGACUCGCGUGUCGGAAACCAGUUAAGCUACCUGGACUUUUUCAGUGUCCAGGUGCACGUGGUCGGCAAGACUGGACAACCUUUACUGCUGAGGAAGUGCGUGCAUAAAGGCACCGCAAGCACUCGACGCGAACGCGCUCUCCAGACGAGUUGUGUUAUCUGUAUGUUAUGAGUGACAAAGACAAGGGAGACUGAGAUGGCCAGUUCUGGCUUAUUAGCCGUCGUCAGCCAGUCAUAAUCAAGCCCGAAGUGUGGAACAUCCGAGGCUCGAACCCGCGACCUGUUGGUCAGAAGUCCACGCCUCUAACCACUGGGCCACGAGCCCGUUGCCCAGUCUCCCUUGUCUUUGUCGGUAAUAAUAUACUACCUAUAUCGUGCGGCUGCUGGUUGGGCUCGAGAGAGAGAGCCCGUAAAGCACAACAGAACGAGUGAAUUCUGCAAGAAUAAUCGGUGAGUGACCCCUACCAUUGUUUAUUCCCGAUCGAAACCGACAGGGCAAAGGGCUCGUGGCCCCAUAGUUAGACGCGUGGACUUCUAACUAACAGGUCGCGAGUUCGAGCCUCGGGUGUUCCACACUUCGGGGUUGAGUAUGACUGGCUGACGACGGCUAAUGAGCCAGAAAUGGUCAUUCCAGUCUCCCUUGCCUUUGUCAGUAAUGCCAUCCUACUGCCUAGAUCAUGCGCCGUAAGGCACAACGGAACGAGUGAGUUCCGUAAGAAUGAUCAGUGAGCGCCCCCUAACAUUGUGAUUGUCUGUGUCCGCCUUCGAGGUGCUGAGACCGAGCGUGUGCGUGCGCCAUUCGUUGUCUCAGCGUCCGCCAGCCAAUCAGAGGAGGGACAGCGUUGAUUGGCUUCGAGCACUCGCGAGACUAAUGACCAGCCUUCCGCGUCCCAACAGCAUAUCAACAAGGAGUGUGAGGCGGACAGUAAGGCAGCGAGACAAAACGGGGGAGGACAAGGAGACACGGACUGGCACAUGCAGUACAGUUUCACAUUUCUCUGACUGCGGUUGCUCAGCCUGCGCUUGAUUCACUAUCGGCGGGAACUUUGCGGAUUCCUUGAAGGCCGGGAGUCCUGUUCAUCCCGCGCAGCUUUGAUGGCAGCAGUCAGCACACUAAAUUACGUUUCGAGACCUACUCGAUGUAUCAGCCAAUCCCCUUGAAUGUACGCCCAAUCAAAUCGGCAUUCGGUGUCCUGUUUUGCAACCAAACUGGUCCUCAAAAUGCCCUCUAUGCUGUCCGCCCUGUGAUCAUAGGCGGCAUAGUUUUAACAUCUACGUCGUAAAAGUAUUCUGAUGGGGGGCUGCGAUUUCCACUUUUAUCGCGCACUUUGAGGACGUGAGCGGGACUAACGUUCCUUGACUUAAGUGCCCAUCCAGCUUUUACGAACACAAUUUAGACUGACGCACAUCAGAAAAAGCAUGCAGAAUGUCGAGCCGCCAGUUCACAAAAUUCAACUGGUCAUUUAAUUGUGCUAGUAAUGACUAGUCUCUCUGCAGUAAAUAAGCCAAAACUCUUUAACCAGAAAUGGAAAAUUGUUUAGGAAGAUCAUCAGGUAACUUCAAAUAAGUCAGCGUUAGUAGAAUAGGUGCACUGCUUCCUGACAGAGGGUAAAGAGAAUGGGGUUGUUUCUAGGCAUUUCGACCCAACGGUACUCAGUGUAUAUUCGUUGCUAGAAAAAAAAAUCUGACGCGCUUUUAAACUAUCACAGUGGGCUAAACGCCGCGGCCUACAUGAAUGGCAACGAACGAAAUAGCUCGGUUCUCCCCUCAGGAUGGAAAUUCAGGCUUCAGUGACUCCUUAAUGUGGCUUCUAUGGAACAUCCACUCGGCUGGGGGUUCGUGCCAUCCUUGUUUUCUGUAUCCCUGGUAUAUCGUCCGCGAAAUAGGUGCGUAUAUGCCGCACGCGCAGACAUCCUGUUAAGUUCUGCCAACUAUUGCGUCCGAUCCUGUCUUGGCAUCAGACUCAGACGAAUGAGGGAGGCGAGAAUGCGAUAGAUGCUGCGCAAGUCUACUAUCCCUGCUGAAUACCUCCCACGCAUGCCACCGUCCCUGCACUCAACCGGCCGCGGGCACACGAUGGGCAUUGUCGGUAACAACGAUCGAACUGCCAUGUUACCACGGUCAACGAAUUUGUACAAUACUUCCGGAUGUCAUAAGAUGAGCUGGACUACCGACGGACGAAAACUGAUUGCAUCUGUGUGGGUGUUACCGCCAAAUAGAUGAGCCAGAUUCAGUCCAGAACUCCUCGUCCAUCAACAAGUUGAGGAAUUGGCCGAUCUAAGGGUGCCAUUGUCAGGUUGCUAUUUCACUUCCUGCCUUCUGUCAAACCCAACACCAAUGAUGGUAGAUAAUCAGCUAAUUUGUUUGUCUGCCUCUGAUUAACAAUAGUUUGUCCUGUCACCUUUUAAUUUCCUCAGAAAUUAUCUACGAAGUUGGAGAAGAUCAGUUUAGUCAAAGUCUAUAGACACAGACCGAAAUUUUUAUGUAUAAAUAUUUGGGUAAAAGUCCAUCAGCCACAGCGGGUAACCGCGUAAUAUUCAUCAACUGCCGACAGGCAGCUAGUAAUAUACGGUAAGGUGAUACCAUACUAACAGCAACUGUCCAUGAGGCAAAUGUCAUGACUGUCAUUUAGCAGGCGCUAAAGUUCCCUUAUGUCUGUGACCCCUGCCUGCGCCCGCACCUUUAGAAACCUGUCCAGUAGUUCGCAAACGGACCCGAGCAGUGGCCUGGGUUUUAUCUGCUGCCGGAGUUCUUGCAGAAAAGUCCCGCCCACCCUCCUUAAAAAAGCAAUGAAUGGAGUGAGGUCGUUCGCCAGGGAUCAUUGAGUGUCACAACACACCUCUCUCUCCCUCCCCCCGUCUGUGCCCCUGUAAGGAUAAGAUUAAUUACACUCCUAGGCAUCCUAUUAGUUGUCUACUGAGGUCACGCCAAGGAUACACUGCCCUGGAGGGCCUAACCGGGCGCUAAGAUUAGGGCCAUAGGGAUGUCACGCAUCGCGUCAUCUGGAGGUAGUAAGCGCAGAAAUGCCCGUGCUUGCGCAAACAUUCCGGAAGUCUUUUCUUAGGUCUGCCAGGAAGGACCUGGCUGCAGGUUAUCACGCGCAAGGUGUGUGGUCCGCGUCAAAGAUGCAGACCCAUAAGACAUGCUGGAAUGUCACAUUUGAUGAGAAGGUUCACACUGAGGCGAGGUCGCAUUGCCAAUCGUCCAAACCCACGUCACCUGGUCUUUUAGAAGAAGUGUUCCCACCAUUGAGCAGCUUGCGUGUGUGAUACAGUUUACCCGAUUCAUUUUCAGCAGACGAGUUGGCCAGCGUACGUUGCUUUCGAUAAAUUCACCUCAGGCCAGUACAGUUAUAGAGUAACGAGGUGUAGUCAACCAUGUCAGAGAUUGGAAAAGUUGGUUUUGAAACAAAGGCGAGACGAGAAUGGAAAGUUGCAUGUGAUUAGUCAACUUUUGACCACGGCAAGUGCGGAGCAUGAGCGAGGUUCUUUUGGGCGCAUAGGGCCGCUUUUGUUAACCUAACUGCGGACGCUUCUGCUGUUGCUAACAGACGCUGCCCGAGUAGCAUAGGAUAGCUCGAGGGGACCUUAUAAGUCACGCGAAAAGCUUUGCCGAAAAGCGACCCUAUACACUCAGAAAAACAAAGUUCAGACACGACGCUUACCGUGGUCGAUGGUUGACUAGUCACAUGCAACUAUCUGCGGCCUUAUGUUCUCGCCCUGCCUGUGAUUUAAAAAUAACUGUUAUCGAUUUUCCAGUCGCUGACGUGUUUUACUGUACCCCGUCUCCAUAUAAUUGCGCUGGCCUGGGGAAAUUUAUUAAAAGGAACGUGUGGUCGUCAACACUUCUUCCGAUUCAUUUUGCCCAAAACCUCGUACAUCCAUAUGUUACUGCUACAUUUGUUUGCAUGAAUCAAGGUUUCUGUCGAAAUAAAACUUCAUUUUCAGUAACCUCGACCUACCCCAACAUAAUAUACGAACUCCAUGCAAAUUUAUACGCUUUUAAAUCUCAUCUUAUCUGUCCUUAACCAUUCAACUAUAUACUCUACUGAUAAACCUAGACAGCAUCUGCCAUAACCAACUGUAUCAUGUAUCACAAUUAAUUCAUAUAAUCCUUAAUAUCGGACUUAAUGUCCGCAUAACUUUCUUCCUUUUAAGGCUCAAAAGGGGACAUUGUAACCCUUAAACAUCUUGGGAACGAGACUGGUUUUGUAUUGUCCCUCUAUUGGAGAGAGCCUUUACAGCACCACUCCGUUCAUAUGACCUGGACAAAGGUGAAACGACCAGUCGUGUCGAAACCUACGCAUUUACUCUAAGCUUAUAAAUUAAUUUAAAACUAACCAAAGAACGUCGGACCACAUGCCACGAAACAUUCGAAACGACGAGAGAAUAUCUCGCUUGCGACAUGCAAAGACAUGGAACCGUAAACAGGUAUCGCAGCCAUUGGGAAGUACCCUUGUUGGAACACGGUGAAUCAAUCAAUAUUAACAUACUAGCUGGACCCAGCCACGCUUUGCUGUGGCUCAGUGUGAUAAUAUGGAGAGGAAAAAAGAGGGAGGGAGCGCGUUUCGAAUAUGUUUAAUUUCAUAGUUCUUGUGGGUAUACAAUAUUUUCUGUCGUCUCGUUGUCUGCACAGGUAUACAGAUUGUCUGGUUUGCCGACUGUGGAGCACGCAACAUAUAGUUGGUCAGGUGAGGAGCAAUCCGCUUGCAGAUCCAAACUGCACAAUUCUAAGUACUGACCCUGAGCUUUGUUGACGGUUCUGUUGGUUAAUUAAAUGCCCCGUCUGCUUCCACAACAGUGCUGACGGACAUGUAUGUGACGGCCUCGCUUUGACUCGUAGACUGAAUUAAAUAGUUAAACAGGUAAGCAUCUUUGUUCUUGGCCGCAAGAAUAGUUCGUCCGCUCAACCAAUCGUGAUUUGUAUAAUUGGUUUGCAUUUUGGGAAAUACCUUUCCAACCACUUCUUCUUCUGAAGACACUAAAUUGCCGAAGGUAAGAUGUAGUUAAUGCGUCCUGAAUUAGGAUCAACCGGCACCGUUCCGUUCCCAGCUGCCAGUAAUUGGUGUGGGAAUGUCUCAACUGAUCGGUCGUUUUGCAGCUGGGCACGCAUAUUUUUAGUUCAGAUUGGCAAAGUUGAGAUAUCCGAGUUGAUUAAUUGAAGACGAAGACAGGCUCUCCGGAAGAGGUUUAUUUAAGUGCUGACGUUUCAAAGAGCUGGGUCGGCUCUUCAUUGUCAGAGCGUAAAAUGAACUUAAUCGAUCAGAAAUUUAAUUUGAAGUGGCAGUCGUGUUGGCCGGCCUCAUGCUGAUCGAUUUUUCCCUCCUCUCGCUGCCUCGGCCUCUCGGGAGAUGGUUGACGGGCGUUUUGCCUGUAUGCUUUGUGAGUCACCACUCCGUCGAGGGGAACUGAUUGGACUUUGGUCGGGCGGUCGGUCUGGCGGUUCUUCUUCUUCCUCACCGAGUAAACUCAGCGUCGGGCUAUCUCCGUGCGGCUUUCUUAAGUCCGGUGUGGUUGUUUGGUCCUGAGCUCUACGGUUGUGAUGACGUAGGACUUUGUAAGCUGCAGGAAGGUCCAGAUGCCUGUUGAUAGAGUGGGCAUCAGAGAACCACGCCUCGAGAGUUAGCCGUUCUGUUUUUGUGUUGCCUCGGCCUAAGAUGAUAGCCCUCUGGAGGUCAAAAGUAUGCCCCGUUUCUCCAACGUGUGUUGCUAGUUGAGAGUCUUCAAAUAUUUUUAGUUAAUUUUACAGUCUGGACGUGGCGCUACAAAGUAGGGUAUUUCGGGUGGACAUUUAUUGCGUCCGCCGGUGUCCAUCGAGGAAUUACAGGCAGUGUUUGCCUGAAGUCUCCUGCAAACAGUAACAAUGCGUUUCUAAAUGGUCUGCUAUUUCGACGCAAACUUGCCAUGAUCGAUUAGGGACCUCGAGCGUUUUUUGCGCGCCAUUGUGCAUUCAUCUCAAACAAUAAAUUUGCAUCUCUACAGUACGUCUCCCACUCCGGGUGCCUCAGAAAUGAUGCAAUUGGGAGUGCCAAUGAAUUGUACGUUCAGCGGCAGUUUCAAAGCGGAAUGAGCAGUUCCUCCGACGGACAGCUAAAGCUAUGUCAUUGUUUGGAUCGAAUUGCCGUCAGAAUCAGUCAGUAGUAGGAAAGUUAUGCCAGUCCCCCCUGGUGCAGCUGGGAAGAAGAUGCCUCCAACCCCGUUAUUGACAGUCCACAUUAUUUGAUCGCUAAUGCCACUCUGCUCCAGUAUUAGCUUUGAUUGCAGAUACGACAGACGAUCAACCCUGUUGGGGUUUUUCUCAUGGCGCAAAUCUACAUCUAACGAAACAGCAGCAGUUCGGUUUGGCGAUGACAUUACCAGUUGAUUAAGAACUUUGUUCUUGAUUUGUACGUACAUGUCCGCAAUCAUUACUAACGCCUCGUUGUCGAUUUCUGCCUUGAAAUCCACAUUUGAAUUUUUCCUAGAUGGUCAACGGAAGAUAUCUUGAGUCAUGUGUGAUUUAUAUUUCUCCUAUUAGCCCGUUGGAGAUGAAGGAGAGCAGACGGUCAGUGUGAUUGCAAACACUGCGCGAAUUUGAUGGGGAUGGGACGUGUUGCACGCGCAAUUAAUACAUACAUCCCAGUGUCGGUCGUUUUCCAGCAAAUUGAUAGCCUGACAUGCAUUGAGGAAAGUGGCAUGUGUAACGCCGUUGACUAUUCUCAAUUGCUGGAAGGACGUUGAACCGAUCACAUUUACCAACAGCGUGCGAAGUAAGAAGCAUUCGUCCUGAUUGAGAUGCACGGUCUGCUUUUCACAGUUCCUUUGAGUAUGCCAAGUUGUUCCGUCGACUCGCUCCCCUCCUUCGCGUCUUUCGAAAGAUUUUCUACACGCAUUCCAUGUGUAAUACGUAGGCACUUCCAAAUACAGCAGUCUGAGGAGAAUGAAUUGCUCACCGGAUCGGGGAACUUUUCUGGCUGACGUUUCGAAGAGCUGGGGCUGCUCUCCAUUGUCAAAGCGUCAAGUGAAAAAAUCGAUCAGCAUUUUUGAAUAGACUGCCGCAUUAGUUGGCCCUGGGCUGAUCGAUUUUUUUCUUCUUUCGCUGCCUUAGCCUACCGGUCGUCACCUGUGAGUGUUGGUGGCCAGAUGAAUCCAUGGUAUCGUUUGAUGUCGUUUCACUCUUUACCUCCAUUCCGCAACAACUAGCGAUUGACGUUGUGAGACAACUCCUGGCUGAUCGCUACAACGAGAGAGACAAUGCCCUGAAGAAUGAACAUCUCAUGGAGCUCUUACGCUAUUGCCGAAAAACAUAUUUCACCUUUGGUGGACAAAUGUAUGAACAAAUCAAAGGCACCCCUAUGGGCUCCCCCAUAUCAGGGCUGAUUGCUGAAGUCGGUCUUCAACGGAUAGAACAUUUGGUGUUCACCAAGUAUCAACCAAAGUUCUGGGCUCGUUACGUCGAUGACACCUUCGCCAUCGUCAAAUCAUCUGACGUGGAGCACCUUAAAGAAUAA